AUGACCGCAAAAGUGACGUCUACUAUCGGUGUUUGGGCUCGCAACUUUUUAUUACCAAAAACAACUCAUAACAACUCACAUUUUGUUGAGUAUCAUCAUACCUCCUUUUUUUCUCAAUCUCAUUCGCGUUUUGCAUCUACGGUUUCUGACCAACAAGGCUUUCAAUUUGGAAAUGCACAAGCUGCUCCUGAUGACAAACAAUUUAAUCAAGCAUGUUAUCAAGGAGUUUCUCCACAUCCUUCCUUUAAAGUAGUAACCGUUAUCGCUGGUGCUUCCGCUGCCUUUUGGUUUAAUCAUCGUGAUGAAAACCUUCAAUGGAAACAACUUUUACCCCAGAAAGUAAUUGAUCGUGCAAAAUGUUGGAGUUAUGAAAAGAGUCAAAAAAUAUGUAAAAGUUUCAGUUGGUUAUCAGCAAUGUUUGAUGAAUCAUGUCCACGACAAACUUAUAUGGUGGGUAUGAUGGGUAUGGUGCCAAGGAACGUUAAACCAGGAGGCCGUGAACCACUUCUCACGCCCCCACUUACUCCCGACAGCUCUCCACCUGGAUCGAAUGAUAGUUUCAAAUCAUCUCAUGUUUCAAAAGGGCUUGAGAAUGGGUGUCAAUCAAGUUCUCCACUUGAGUCGGCUAUUUUUGACUUCGAAACCUUUAUAAAUCGUAACGUUGCACGCGCUGAAAACAUUACUGGAUUAUAUUAUGCGAGACAUAACCAAAUGAACAAUGUACAGGCUCAAAACUCCACUACACAUACCCCUGCUCAUUUCUUUCAACUUGCAUCUGAGAAAUUUCAUCCUUCAGCUCAGUUUAACUUGGCAUUAUGCUAUCAUUAUGGUAAAGGUGGCGUUACGUACUCUAACCUUCCUAAGGCUAUUGAGUAUUACACGCUUGCUGCUUCUGAUGGACAUAAAAUUGCUCAAUAUAAUCUUGGUGUUUUGUAUCAGAAAGGCGGUAAAGGUAUUGAAAAGGAUGUAGGGUUAAGUUUGGGUUGGUUACAAAAAGCGGCUGAAGGUGAAAAUGGCUAUUUACCUGCAAAACUUGCAAUUGCUUUGCUAUGGCAAAAUGGUGUUGAAGGUAUUCCUAAAAAUAAUGACCGUGCUAAAGAAAUUUUGAAACUUCUUAUAGAAGAAAGUCGACACAAGAUUGGAAAUACUGAAGCUAAUGCAAAUCAUAGUAAUCAUGAUCCUAUCUUAGAAUUAACUUCAAUAUCUUCAGCAGCACUUGCAAAUUAUUAUUUAGAGAAAUUGUCUACAAAUUCGCAACUGCCACAGCAUCAUCAGCUUUCAACUUCUGCUCGUUAUCACUGGGAAUAUUUGUCACAUCCACAUUCUCCUGCGGCUAUCUACAACCUUGGGGUAUUGUACGAAUUUCACUUGAAUGAUGUUCAAUUAGCUGUAAAAUGCUACAAACUAGCUGUUCAAUUAGCGAAUAUCAAUAAAUCGUUCAAUAAUAGUCAAUUACCCUCUUCAAUCAACCAAGAAGAUCUUCAAUGCGUACAAAACGCUAUGUGGAACCUGGGUGUUAUAUUUGCAAAAGGAAAAGGCGGCUUACAAAAAGAUUUCAAAGAGGCCAAAAGAUGGUUUAAUGGAAUAAAUGCUAAAAAUCAAGAGAUGGAAAAAUUGGAAAAAUGGUUGGAUAAAAAACUAAAGAGAGUCGAUGUAUAA